GAGAACAUAUGUUUGAGAGCCAGCAGAGGCAGAGCAGAGGGAAGAGACAGAGAGGCUCUCUUUAGCUGGACCGGUCCCCUGAUGUUGGAUUAUUUCUUUUAAUUAAAGUCGAUGUUUUAGUGUGUCAGCAUCAACCUGAACCGUCUGACCGCUUGUAGAAAUGGACGCGUCUCUUCUGCUUUCGCUUCUCCUCUCGCUGCACCUUCACCUCGCCGUCCGGGCUGCCAUGGACUCCUGCUACGACGACGAGGGAAGGCCGAACCGCUGCAUGCCCAAGUUCGAGAACGUCGCCUUCAACCGCACGGUGGUGGCGUCCAACGUGUGCGGCUCGCCGCCCGAGGACUACUGCAUGCAGACCGGCUCCACGCGCUCCUGCCACGUUUGUGACGCGGCGGAUCCCGAGCGGAGCCACAACGUCAGCCUCCUGACGGACUUCAACCGCAACGACGAGCCCACGUGGUGGCAGAGUCAGUCCAUGUACUACGGCAUCCAGCACCCCAACUCCGUCAACCUCACCCUUCACCUCGGGAAAGCCUUCGAGAUAACCUACAUCCGAUUGAAAUUCUACACCAGCCGGCCGGAGAGCUUCGCCAUAUACAAGCGCACGGAGGAGGACGGGUCGUGGCUGCCUUACCAGUAUUACAGCGCCUCUUGUAGGAAGACCUAUGGAAAGGAUGCGAAAGGUUACAUUCGCCCAGGAGACGAUGAGAGGAUCGCCGUGUGCACCGACGAGUUCAGCGAUAUCUCCCCGCUCACCGGCGGAAAUGUUGCCUUCUCCACCCUGGAAGGUCGGCCCAGCGCUUACAACUUUGACAAAAGCCUGAUGCUGCAGGAAUGGGUAACGGCGAGCGACCUGCUCAUCUCUUUAGAUCGACUCAACACCUUCGGGGACGAGUUUUUCAAGGACUCUAAAGUGUUGCGCUCGUACUUCUAUGCCAUCUCUGAUUUCUCCGUGGGUGGCAGAUGUAAGUGUAAUGGUCACGCCAGUGAGUGCACGGAGGGCGAGCACGGAGGCCUGGCGUGCGCCUGCCAGCACAACACCGAGGGGGCCGACUGCCAGAGAUGUCGCCCCUUUUACCAGGACAGACCCUGGGCCAGGGCCACGGGGGAUUCGGCCAACGAGUGUUUGAAGUGCAACUGCAGCGGGAGAUCGGACGAGUGUGUGUUCGACGCCGAGCAGUACCGCAGCACCGGCAGUGGGGGGCGCUGCCUGAGCUGCAGAGACAACACGGACGGGCCGCACUGCGAGAGCUGCAGAGAGAACCACUACCGGAACUCUCCGGAAGAGCCCUGCCUCCCCUGCAACUGCAACGUCAACGGAUCUGUGAGUCUGCAGUGUGACGCCGAGGGGAGAUGUGUGUGCCGCGAUGGCGUGACGGGGGAGAAGUGCGACACGUGCCGGGCCGGCUUUCACUCGCUCGGCCCCGGCGGCUGCAGGCCGUGCGAGUGCGACCCCAGUGGGAGUGUGGACAGCUGCUCUCCUCUGGACGGCCGCUGCUUCUGCAAGCCCAACGUGGAGGGCCAGAGCUGCGACAGAUGCAGGCCGGGGUUUUUCAAUCUCCAACAAGUGAAUCCAGCAGGCUGCCAGCCGUGCUUCUGCUUCGGCCACUCCCUGGCCUGCAGCUCGUCUCACCGCUACGCUGCUGUCAACAUCACUUCUGACUUCCUUGAAGACCAGGACGGCUGGUGGGGGCAGUUCUCCGGCGGGAUGGAGUACCCCCUGCAGUGGAAGGAAGGCGAAGUCUACCUGCUGCCGCUCACCGAGGACGACGUCGGCUUCUACAAAGCUCCCGAGAAAUUCCUGGGUCAGCGAGUCCACAGCUACGGCCAGCCGCUCUCCAUCACCUUCACCUCGGAGACCCCGGAGCUGCUCCCGGACCACGUCUCCCUGCUCCUCCAAGGCGCCGGAAUCGCGCUGUCUGCCGACCUCGCAUCCCGGCCGGCGCUGCCCUCCGACCCCGGCCACGCGCCUCGGCGCUCCUUCGUUGUCAGACUUCAUGAAAUUGAAGGGAGGUUUAAACCUUCGCUGUCCGCCUUUGAGUUCCAGCAUCUCCUAUACAACCUGACAGCUCUCAAAAUCAGCAACGCCGGAGGGCACAACUACACAUCGCAGCUCGCAGGGGUGACCCUGACCUCUGCUUUCAUCCCCUCUGGUCCUGCCAGUCCUGCUGCCCCCUGGGUGGAGUCCUGCUCCUGCCCCCUGGGAUUUACCGGCCAGUUUUGUGAGCGGUGCCUCUCUGGGUUCACCAGGGAAGACCCGAGCCGAGGGCCUCUCUCACCGUGCGUCCCCUGCAACUGCCACCAGCACGGAAGCUGCCAUCCGGAGACUGGUGUGUGUGAGUGCUCUCACUUCACCGCGGGGGUGACCUGCGAGCGCUGCCUGGGCGGUUACCACGGCAACGCUUUGAUUGGCACACCCGGCGACUGCCGGCCUUGCCCUUGCCCGGACGGCACCAGCUGCGCCCAGAUUGCGGAGACGGGACAGGUGGUCUGCACGGACUGCCCCGCGGGACAGACAGGGACGCGCUGCCAGAUGUGUGAAGACGGUUACUACGGCGACCCGCUGGGACAGUCCGGGCCGGCGAGGCCGUGCGCGAGAUGCGACUGCAACGGCAACGUGGACCUCAACGCGGUGGGAGUGUGCGACCGCGUCACCGGCCGCUGCCUGAAGUGCCUGGGACACACGGAGGGGGACGACUGCCAGCGCUGCCGGCGGGGUUUCUACGGCGACGCCCGGGUCCGGACAGCCGGGCCAAAGUGCAGGCCGUGCAGCUGCAGUCCUGCAGGGACUGCGGGGCGUGCGGACGAAUGCCACCCUCAGACAGGAAAUUGCCUCUGCCUCGGCCACGUGACGGGACGGGACUGCGGCCGCUGCGAAGUCGGCUUCUUCAACCUCCAGCCGGGCAUCGGAUGCGAAAUGUGCAAAUGCAACCCGAUUGGCUCGUCAUCUAUGGCCUGCCAUCCAAUCAGCGGGCAGUGUGUGUGUCGUGCAGGAGUGGAGGGGAGCCUGUGCGAUUCUUGCCGUGUGGGCUUCUUUGGAUUCUCGUCACGAGGUUGCAGAGCCUGCGACUGCGACCCCAUGGGCUCCGUCUCGAUGCAGUGUCACAGCAAUGGCACCUGCCACUGCCGUCAGGGCUUUGUGGGAUACAAGUGUGACAAAUGCGAGUUGAACUAUUUCCACGACAGAGAGACACACCAGUGCGAGGAAUGCCCCGCGUGCUACGGCCUCGUCAAGAAACAGGCGGAGAAGCUAAGGACUCGCCUGCAGGAUUUGGAGAAGCUUCUGGCUCGCUUUGAUUGCCGAGGUCGAUUCGGGAAGCAUCCCCACCUGCUGAAGUAUCACAUGGCCAGGCUCUCCGAGCACGAGCACCAGGGGGAAGACACCCUGCCCAACGCGCUGGAGGACUUCCUGGCCUUCCAAGAGGCACGGGAGGCCUUCAUAAAACAAUUUUCUUUGCUGGAAGCUUCUUCAGGCACGCUUUUAGCCCAGCUGCACGACAUUACGUCUGCUUUGAACUGCAGCAUCAGCGCGGCGGAGGAAGAGGGGAACGAGACGAGGAAGGAUGAAAGCGGCAGGGGCGUGUGUCAGACCUUCACAGGAACUCUCCUGACGAUCGCAGCGUCUCAGAAGCAGCUGAAGCAGGCGACGCUGGACCUCCACCGCACGAUCAUUCCUUUCGAGUUGGUGUCAGGACCGAACAAGUGGAGCAAUAUGGUCAAUGAAUCUCAGGUCCUGAUGAAGAGCCACGAGGAGGCGGCGGACCACAUUGAGGCCGUCGCCGCCCGGGCGUUAACGGCCUCCAAGCAGACGUUCGGCCUCCUGAUGGAUCUACUGCAGGACAACUCCACCGAGGAGUACAUCAGGAACCUGACGAGGCAAAUAAGAGAAAUGCAGCAGCAGAAGGCGAGCCUGGCGCUGCAGCUGAACCACACCGCCGCCAAACAGUCGGCCCUGAAGGACGAGAGCGCCGGUUUGGAGCUCGCCCUGAGAAACAUCACAUCAUCCUUGCAUCAGCUGGCUCUGGCGGACGCCGGCCCGUCAGCGGGGGCUAACCGCACGCAAACGCACGCAGCCAACCGCACGGCCGAGUGGACCAGCGACUUGGCGAGACGGACAGAGGAGCUGGACCAGGACAUUCAGGCCAAAGACAGUAUUGUUGAUAAACUGAAAGAGGAGGCGCAACCCUUGAUCCAGACGGCCAGCAAGAACAUGGAGAGCAUGGAAGACAUCCGCAAGCUGCAAGCCCGCGCCGACGAAGCGAAGGUUGCGGCUUUGUCCUCGGUGGUGACGGGGAAAGAGGUGGACUCAGAAGCCAUCGCCCUGCACAGACGGCUGGAAAACAUGGCGGCCGAGUGGCCGAGGCGGCAGAGCCAGACCAAGGUGGCCCUGAAGAAAGAGAAGCCCCUGGAGGAAAAGGUUUUAGCCGACGUCAGGAGGAAGGUCUCCCAGAUCGAGAAGAUGAUCAAACCCGCCCUGGAGAACGCCAGCUUGGCAGGCAACACUUCAAAGGAGGCAGAGCUGACGGCGGGCGCCGUGGCGGAGGAAUCCAAAUCGAUCCUGACCCAGGCCAAGCACGCCAGGACUGCCUCUGCCCACCUGGGCUCCGAUUUGGACUCUGCUCUGCAGCAGCUGUCUGAGCAGGAGCUGCGAACUGCCAGAGCAAACUCCCAGCUCGCCUCGGGGGGUGAGGUCUCCCUGACCGGCGUCAAGCGCGAUAUGGAGGCAGCGCAGCUCCAGCUAGAGGCCUAUUCCGCCGCUCUCACCGAGCUAAUCAGCAAGAUCGACGGCGGCGUGCCGCUGCAGCGCUUCGACCGGAUCUUGAACGAGACGGCCCGCCGGCUGAGCGCGCUGCGCGGCAGCGUGGAGAGCCCGGCGCUCGGCGCCAAGAUCCAGAGGCUGCACUCGGCCGCCAGGGAGCAGCGGAGCCGCCUGAGCGCCAUGGAGCAGGACAUCCAGGAGAUCACCGAGGAGAGAGACAGUCUCAGGGACAUCGCCUCCAACCUGCCCGAGUCCUGCCCGCAGGCCUAGGCGCCGCGGACGGCGGCGAUUACAGGACAGCGGGAAAGGGUUUGUUAAGAAGAAGCUGUGUUUGUGUUUUAUUCAGCUUCAAAAAAAAAAUCUUCCUCCUCCUCCUCCUCUUCAUCCACGUUCCCUCACUUGUCACCAACGGCAUGCAAACUUCACUCUCGGCCCUGAAUAAUAACCGGCGGGUCUGAACUGCCGGAGUGCUCCGUCAGGUUUAGAAUAAUGCUGAUUUUCCUUGGUGGGGGUAAAAGGUGUGUCUGAGUGCUUCUCCUCGCUGACACAUUCAUUUACACUUGAGCUCUUUUUCAUCAGCGUGGCUUAAUUAACAAUUAGUCCUCCCGGUCUCGGCGGGGUUCGGGUCAGGCUUCAGCAGCAUAUAACCUGUUUUGGGGAUUAUCACAGUGCCUACCUCUCAGUUUUGUUUUGUUUUCGAGUGUGUGUGUGUGUGUGUGUGUGUGUGUGGUUUCUUCAUUUUGUUGCCUUGUUUCAUCUUUUGUUUUCGUGUCACAGCCUGUUCCUCCUCUGAUCGUCACAUUAAUCGAAUUGAUCACAUGCCGGUACGUGGGAAGGGUUUGAAUCCGAUCGAGGGUCAGGUCCUGGUGAGAGGUCUUAUCGAAGAUUCCACUCUUCAGUCGGAGCUGCAGCGGUGGUGAACACACCCUUUUUUGAUUUUACACAUUUGCUAGAAUAAGAAUGUUUGUAGUAUCAUAUUAUAGGAGUCAAACAAGCACUGAUCAGGCUUAUGUACUGUAGGUCAGGGGUGUCAAACUCUGUGCUUCAGGGCCACAUUCAGCUACAGCACAAUUUAUUACCAUAAAAUAGUGUCUUAAUAACCUUUAAAUUGCAACGUAGAUGUCUAUAUUUUUUCAAAACCAAACAAUUAUUCCCAAAAAUCACUAAAAUGCCAACACAAUGCUAAUUUCAUGAUACUUUCUGGUGCAAAAUACAGUGAAAAAUCCAAAAAGUUUCUGUCAUAUUGUUGCAUUAUGUCAUGUUUUUACACACUCGCCCUCACAGCCGGGCUUUGAGGCCAGUUUUCCAGUUUUCUUUGAAAUUUUUACAAUUCCCUUGGAGCCUCUUGCGGGCCACUUUUGGCCCGCGGGCCUUAUGUUUGACACCCCUGAUGUGGGGAUUCCGUGUGGUUUUACCAGCCGUCGUGAUGGUUGCCGCGGAGUUGCUGAGCCGGUUUCCUUUAGAUGUGUUCAGAUAAUUGUAAUAACCAGCUCUGCCUUUCUGAAACGCGAUCGUUUAAAAACUCUGAUUUCAACGUUUCCGUCCUUUUUUGGAUUUCUGAGCACACACACACACACGCACACACACACACACACACACACACACACACGUCCGCCCUCCCGCGCCACUGAUUAAACCCGCAGUUUGAGUGCGUAAAGCCGUCAUGUAGAAUCCAUUAUGCAACAAAGUAUACUUGAAGGAGCUGUUUUCCAUAAUGGAACUCGUUUUACAUAAUGCGUUUUUAGUGGACACUGUUGUACAACGGUGUGUAAUAUUGUACAUCAAUGCAUAAGGGAAAAUGAAAAGAGCCGCUCACAGUCGACAAAAACGCUCCAAAUUGUAAACUGUGUGUGGAAUACAUCAACGAGCUCGGAAGACAACAAUAAAACAGCUUUUCAGUCA